CGAAUUAUGUUGACAGACUGCCACUGUGUAAUGUCACAUUGAUAUAAUACUUAAUUUUAUAGAUUUGCAAAAAACAUCACCGUGCUCAUAAUUUAUUUUUAACGACCUUAUAAUUUGUAUAUAAUUUUUAAUAGACAACAUUAGUAGCAAUGACGAAUUUAGCAGACAGCGAUGCGCAUUCUAUGCUGAGCAUAUCUUCGAAGUCGGAGAUAAGCACUCCAGCUGGUCGCCGCUGGAAGAAUGUCCCUCUUCACGACCGCUGUACCCAGGCAGACAUGCUCAACAUCAAAGAAGUAUUCCAGGCCGCUUACAGGGGAAAGCUACUAUCAAAUGAGUUUAGGGAUAUGCUUCGUACUGUACUGAAUGUGGAGUAUGAUGACGAUGAAUAUAAAAUACUAUUCUUGAAGAUAAACACUAAUCGAGACGGCGAGGUAGACUGGGACGAAUUCGUGUCUCAUCUUCUGCUGGGCUACUUUGGCAAUGAUGCGGAGAACCAGCGGGAGUCACUGCAAAUGCCCAUCCUUGGGUUGCCCACAGUCAUGCGCUCACAACACAGGCACCCCAUAUCCAGGAUUUGCUUCUGUCCAGACGUUCAUAAGGAUCGCAGCUUGGAUCCGAUGCAAGGCGCGUACAUGACGGCUAGCCGCGACGGGAUGAUCAACUGGUGGUCGCUGGACAUGACACUGCUAAGAACAGCCUUCUCCUCAAGCCCCCUCUUGAAGGUGCGCACCACGUGGGUGACGGACAUGGUGUGCAUGCCUGACGUCAACAUCAUCGUCACCAGCUCCACAGAGCGCGACCUUCGUUUCUACGACUGUACCGCCAAAACUUUCACCCUCAAGAUCGUCAUCUAUAGUUGGGAAUAUAUGAUCUGCACGAUGUACUACUACUUCCAACAAGACAUAAAUGAGAACUGCAUCCUGGUAUGUGGCGACGUGGGGGGCAACCUGCGGGUGCUCCUGUUCUCCCCUGUCGACCGCGGGCCCUUCCGCAACGAGGCGGGCCGCGCCCUUAUCCAGUUACGACACGUGGACUUGCAGCGACGGCCGCGGUUGCUGCCAGAGCUACGUCUGGUGGAGCUCCCACGCAUUCACACGGAGUGGGUGCGCCAGGUCGGAUUCUACUCCUCACUGCAUUGCGUGGUCUCUUGUGCCACGUGUUACGACUCGCUCCUCAUCUGUGACCUUGCUGGCUCAAGGACCCACAACAUGUUUCAUGUCGAAAAGGGCAUUCAAUGCUUCGCGUUUGACGAGGAGGCGCACGUACUGGUGACUGGUGGGCCGGACUGCAUAGUCCGGGUGUGGAACCCCUUUGUGACAGCACGGGCUGCGGUAGCGUUGCCGGGCCAUAGGGCUGCGGUGCUAUCCCUCGUCCUGCAGAAUCACGGGCAGACCAUAUAUUCGCUUUCCCGAGAUCGCGUCAUCAAAGUCUGGGAUGUGCAGGGCCAAGUUUGCGUGCAGACUUACAUCGACGUCCCACCUCAAGUUGGCGAGCACACACCAAUUUCGUCAGUGUACAACAAGGUCACGCGCGAGUUCAUCUUGGCAGCCAUCAGGAUCGCAAUCCUGAUCCUCGACGAACAACUAAAUCCGGAGCAUACUGACGGCUUCACUCACUCACGUGCUGUCGCCAAGAUCCUCUACAACCCGCUCUUUAAGGUUAUCAUCACCUGCGGAAUGGACAGCAUCAUCAUCAACUGGAAUCCCAUCACUGGCAAGCGCAACGCCAUGGUUCGGGAGGCGCAUAGUCGUCUGCUGCACGGGGAACGCCAGCCGGUGGAGAUUACAGCCGCGUGCUUCGACCCCGGCUACCAGUUGCUGCUUACAGGCGCGCGAAAUGGCACCCUUAAGGUUUGGAAUUUCAACACCGGCGUUUCCCUUAGAUGUCUGGAAAUAGAACACAUGUGCGAAGUAACUAAUUGUUUCUGGGUCGAAGGAAGGAUAAUGGCGGUGGGCUGGAACCGCCACGUAACAGAAUUCGAAGACACAGGCACUUCCAGCACGGGCAAGAGUUGGGAAGUGCGCCACACAGAUGAUGUCUUGGCGGCCGCGGCACACUCGCCCUACACCCUGGCUACUUCCUCGUACAAUUCGGAACUGGUUUUGUGGAAACUCGAGACCGGGCAGCCUUUCAGGCGUUUCUCGUGCACGGAUCCAAUGCUGCGAAUCAAAAUGAGCUACAACAAGAGGGAGUCACGCGUGUCCAGCGUCGGUGUUGGCGGCCUCAGCAGCAACUUGAACCGUCGGGCUUCCAGCAUACGCAGACCCAGUUGCAUGGCACCCCGCGAGUCAGUGGACGCGAAGACUGCGAUGCAGAAAGCGCGUCAGCGGCGCGUCUCCACGGUUCCGCUGCCGAUGAUCGCGCAGAAGAUGCGGCAGCUGGCCGUGCACUCCAUGCUCUUCCUGGAGACCAGGCCCGUCGGCAUGAAAGAAGCCUCACUUUUUUUGACGCUGGAGAAUGGUCAAGUGCAGGGCUGGUCCGAGCACCCGGCGGGCGGGUAUCAGGGCUCCUUCCAAGGCGUGCACACUGCCGGCGACUAUGUGUCAGCCCUAGCCACAGACACUGCGAACGAGAUCCUCUUCGGAGGCACUACUAUGGGAUAUAUCAAAGCUUGGCUAAUGACGAAUUACCUCACGCAGAAAAAGGAGCAUAUCAACAUGCCGCGUCUGCGUCUGCUCUUCCCGUUCCUGUGGCGCGAUCGGAUCGAAGGUCGAGCCAAGCGCUGCGCGCGCGGCCAAAAGCCUUUGCUGCUCAACAGUUACCGCGGCCACCUCCGCUGCGUCACCACCCUCGCAUACAUCGAUAGUCAAAAGUUGCUUUUCAGUGGUAGUUCAGACUACAGUGUGCGAGUGUGGCGGCUGUCAGGCGAGUACCUUCAGACGCUGGGCAGCUACUUACCCUGGAGUUUGGAGGUCACGCGGUUCCCGCCCGACGUGAAGAAAGUGGCAAGCUUCACUACGUUCAAGGUGUGGCGAUCAGGGUACGUGUCGCGCUACGUGCCGGGGCAGGUGGAGAUCGACAAGCUGCGGGAUAUCACCGAGGCGGAGUUGAGAAACAAGACCUUUGGAGCGCCGGCGCCGGAGCCCCUUCUCGGGAACUACUUCAAGCUGCCGCCGCGACCGGAGCGUCAAGAUGAGAUCAAGCUCGACGAUUCAUUGCAAACUAUCCCGUUGUACGCGCACCUGCGCAUGGCGUCGACGCAGCCGGUGCGGCGGCCGGCGACGCCGGAGCUGGUUAAGGACACGCGCCUACGCAAGGGGCUCAGAGAAGCCAACAAGACGAAGACUCACUUCGAGCCGGGCGCGGGCGCAGCGCACACUCCGCGCUAGCGACUACAUUGCGUAAACUUUACUUCGUGAUAUUGUGUAUUGUAUAUCUUUGCAAUUCUAUCUAAUCUAAUGUAGAAUAGCCAUCUCGCGCUAUUGGACACUGGCUGGUUUGCGAACGCUGAGCGGAUAGACCCAAUGAUGGAAAUUUCUCUAUUCGAUAAUCUAUUCUAUGUUCUAUGGAACCGUUGUCUUUGAUAGCCUGUUUUCUAGUCCUAAUAAUCCUAUGUGAUAUUUGAUUGAGAUUCGAUUUCUACAUAUUUUUCUACAUAGUGUUGUAUAUGACCAAUAAAGGUAAAUAAAUGAAA